GGGGGGAGGGCGUAUAUGGUCAGAUUCAUGUAUGCAUGGUAGAUUUUGAGAGAUUAUUUGUUUUCUUUGUUUAAAGCAAAGGAAUCAAAGAAAGCCACUAAUAAUGUUUGGCUUAUUUAUUCAGUGACUUACAUGCAACCCUGCCACGUAUUAACCCGAUGCAGCUGUAGAUAUUCAGAUAUUAAAUCGGAUUGGAUUUGCUCACGUUCGUGUCACUUUACACUCGUCACUCGACAUCAGUAAAUCGCAUCAGAAAAUUCGGGAAAAUAGCGGUGUUAUACACAUAUUCGUAGCUGAAAUGGCUGUGCAAACAAAACGGUCGAGAAUUGCAAAACUUGUCAAACCACAUCGUCUAUUAUUGAGUGUUCUUAUUGGUGUCGUGCUUGGCUGUGUUAUUGGUAUCUCUUGUCAUGACGCUGUUCAGAAUUCUCAUAAUCCCCCACCUCGAAGACUUGCUAUGUAUAUUAAAUUCCCAGGUGAACUUUUCAUACGAAUGCUAAAGUUGAUUGUGAUACCUUUGAUAACUUCAAGUAUUAUCGUUGCAUUGAAUGAUAUUGAUAUCAAAAGCGCUGGUCGUCUUGGUAAGAGAACCAUGAUCUAUUACAUAUCAACUACAAUACUGUCUGCAAUACUUGGUUUGGUACUGGCGUCCAUCAUUAAACCUGGGAGUGGCGUCAAUGAAGAAAAGAAAGCAUCGAACAAUGUCGAUCGUAACUCAGUUGAUUCACUUUUGGAUUUAUUUAGGAACAUUUUUCCUGAUAACCUGAUAGGAUCAUUCUUUCGAUCAGCUUAUACGGAUUACAACAAAAACAUGGUUAAUUACAAAUAUGUGGAAAAGAACACUACCAAUAUGUCUGCAGAAGCGAUGUUUCAUCUUCUGCAGAACAACAAAGUAUCAACGUCAAGUGAAGGUCAUGUGAUUCUAAUCAAGAAUGACGUCACCUAUGAAUAUGGUGGCAUUUCAAGUGGUGAAGGAACUAACAUGGUCGGUCUGAUUGCCCUCUCAAUUGCGUUUGGGGUUGUUCUAAAUAUCGUUAAGGAAGAUGGGUCACCUUUGGUCAACCUGUUUAGAUCAUUGUGGACUGUAAGCAUGAAACUGGUUGAAAUUAUUAUGUGGUUAGCCCCAUUUGGAAUUUGCAGUAUAGUUGCAGGAAAUAUUGUCGAAGCAAAUGAUAUUUCUUUGCUAUUCAGAGCUAUGGGUCUUUUUGUUUUAACCAACAUUGUCGGCCAUCUUAUUCAAGGAAUUAUCAUCUACCCAGUUUUGUACGUUGCCCUUGUACGUGCAAACCCAAUAAAACAUUUAAAAGGCAUCCUCCCAGCUCUGUUCACAGCAUUUGGUACAUCAUCCAGUGCUGCAACUUUGCCAACAACAAUUGAAUGUUGUGAAUCCAAAGUGAAGAUAGACAAACGAGUAACUCGUUUUGUUUUACCCAUCGGUGCCACAUGUAACAUGGACGGUGCUGCUUUGUAUUAUGCUAUCGUGGUUUUGUUUGUGGAACAGAUGGAACCAAAUGUCCAACUGGAAAUUGGUGAAAGAAUUUUGACCAUAUUGAUAUGUACCGCAGUGUCAAUUGGUGCUGCUGGUGUUCCAAGUCCAGGACUUAGCAACUUGGUUAUUGUGCUAGAGGCAGUUGGACUUCCCAUUGAAAGGAUUGGCCCAAUAUUUGCUGUGGACUGGCUUUUGGAUCGACUGCAGACGACUAUUAAUGUGAUGGGUGAUACGGUUUCCGCUGCUGUUGUAGCCAAAUAUUCUCAAAACGAUUUUCCAACAACUGUUGAAAAUGUUUAUUGUCUUGAACUACUUAAGGGUUCUUCAAAGGAAAUGUCACCUGAAACUGAAGAAACUAACUUAUAGGUACUGAUAUAAUUUCACCUUUCUAGUGAUUCAGUUCCAAUUUAAGGAACACUAAAAGCUAUAUAAUCUUCGUGCUCAUGCGUUUAAAUUGAAACUAUAUAAUUCAGUCUCUGGUUUUGUUGUCUGCACCUCAAAAGAAGCAUUGCUCUAUAGAUCUACCGUAAGGACACAGAUGCAAGGUAGGUAGGCUCUCAAGAUGUCCUGUUUUCAGUUCGCUGCGCUCACUCGUUCGAUGCCAUUCUCAACACUCGAAAUAAACUCCAUAUUCUCAAGCAACCACGUAUUAUCCUCUAUUUCAUUAAAAUUACAAAGUGUGUAGGUCUCAGAUUAUAAAGUUUUAUUCAAGAUAUCUAGUUAAUCUGUAUAUAAUCACAGCUGUAUUGUGUGCAAUUAGAAUUAAAAUUCACUGUUUUAACUACGACUGACUCAGUCUUCUUUUAAUAAAAUACAAUAAAUUAU